GACAACAAUUUCAAAAUGAAAGUCCAUUGCGAUUUUCUGCAGCAUUACCUGGAGAAAUACGGAUCAGAGUAUAAAAAGUUUGCUGUUUAAGUGACCUUUAACAUUGAGAAUUAGUCCACAUAGAAUUGACGAGAAAAUUUAUUUUUAUAUAAAGGAUUUUUAUUACAAUAAGUUAAAAAAAUGGAUGAUCACGAUUUUAAAUCAAUAAUCCAACAUUAUGGUCGGGAAAAGUUCUACCAUUCAAUGCAACAUCGUGCCUUUGAGGGUUUAUCCAAAUUCUCCGGGAACUUGUGCUUUAGAUUUUAUAAUGGGAUUGCAUUAGUUCUUGGAAAUCGUAUUCAGGAGGGCAUCCGAGAAUUAACUCCAAUGCAAAAUGAAAGGGAGUUCUCAAUGGCCGUCAUUUUGGCCCUAAUGUUUGCCCACAAGAGAUGUUCAGUGGUCGAUAAGGAAGCCCUUGUAAAUCUGGAUACAAAAUUGAAGGAAGAACGAAAGCAACUUACUGCCUUUUCAGCAUACUACUCAGCUGUAUUCCUUCUCAUGACUGGAAAAUUUGAAAAGGCUAAGGAAUACGCAGAGAAAGCUUUAAAGCUCAAUAGUAAUUUUCCAGACGCACUGAGCCUGAAAGGUUGGGCUGAAUUGCUAGGAGGAAGUCGAAUAAGCAAAGGGACUUUUGAACUCUUUGAGGUUGCUCUGCAAUCGGGAAAAAGUAUUGAUGCCAGCUUGGGCCAAGUACGAUACUAUCAGAUCCAGAAUGACUAUGAAAAUGCUAUUGGGGUGCUUAAUAAGCUUUCCAUAAGAUAUCCAGAAUUAAAUAUACCGCUCGUGGAGAAGAUGAAGUCCCAGCUCUCCAAUUGGCAUUGGGAUCAUUCUCUGGAGACAGCAACUAGAAUUCUUAAUCUAGAACCAACUAACAUUGAAGCUCUGCGUAUUAAGAUAAUAAUCCUUGUUUGUCGUGAUGGGAACUAUGGUGGAGGAGCCAGAGAGCUACAGAAACUUUUUACUGCAAUGACUAAAGUUGAGCCUUCAAACUCUGAGCUUUACUUUCAAAUUGGGCAACUGUUUUCACGAGUUUGUGGGCGCAACAGCAUGAUCCUCGAAGAAACAGUGAAGUUCAUUGAAAAAGCCAAUCAAUUAUCACCAGCAAAUGCGGCUUUCUUAACGGAAUUUGGGUAUCAUUCAUAUUUAGCCGGGAAGAUGAAGGAAGCAACGAAGAAUUUCAAAUCUGCAACAAAAGUUGAUGAUAGUGCUAUACAGGCUCUCUGUGGUCUUACUCUGUGCCAACUGGCAGAGUCAGGACCAUCUGAACAAGUAAGUCAGCAAAUUGAGUUUUUAACCGAAAUUCAGGGACCUGCAAAACUUCCCCUACUCCUCUGGAUGUCCUCAAAACUACUUCAGGACAAUACCGAGCGUGCUAUAUCACUUAUGGUUGAAGCAUGUGAGAUUCAAUUAAAAAAUCUGAGGACUCUUUCAUUUGGAUCUGAGUACCUAAGACGCUUUGAUCCGGAUUUUCUUCUUGAAGUAGCAAAGGAUCUACUCCAGUACUCCCCGAUUAAACUGUCUGUCUCAAUGGGAGCUCUCUCAUCGCGUGAUGGGCUACACGUAUCCCUUAAGCACAGUCUAAAUAUUCUCGAAAUCAUCGUUAAAGCCUGCCCAGGAUUGAUUCAGGGAGUUUUCCUACUGGCUAAGGUACAAUUCCUCUGUGGAGAGAUUCAUACAUCAACCAGUACCUUGCAACACAUUCUAAACGACAUUGAUCCAACAUAUUCAGAAGCACAUCUGUUAUCAGCUCAAAUAAAUAUUCAGCAGAAACAAUUUCAGCGAGCUGCACAGAAUUUGGAGAUCUGUCUGAGUCACAAUUUCAAAGUUCGCGAGAAUCCGAUGUACCACCUCUUCAAUGGAAUCAUCCAGAAGAAUGAUCAUCAGUAUGAUGAAGCUCUGAAGAGUUUUAUUACCGCAAUGAGUCUUAUUGGGGUAAAUACUGAGGCCAUGAGCCUCAAAGUAUCAAUGCCUCUGGCUACAAAUCCUUCCCCCAAAUCCUCGUACACUCUAAGUUUGGCCGAUAAGGUGACGCUUUACUUGGAAAUGGUGGAUACUUACAUGUUGAUGAAUUUAAAUUCUGAUGCUACAAAACUCAUGCAGGAUGCAAUGGAAGAAUUUUCAGGAACUUCAGAAGAAGGACGAUUGGUGAUUGCUAAUGCAGACUUGUCCCUGCGGCAUGGAAAUAUUGAUACAGUGCUGAGAUUACUGGGGAACAUACAAUCUGGACAACCAUACUAUUUUCAGGCAAAAACCAAAAUGGCCAAUAUUUACCUUACCCAUCGAAAGGAUAGAGUUGCCUUUGCACAGUGCUUUCGGGAAUUGGUAGAAGAGUAUCCUGAACCUGAAAGCUACAUUAUGCUAGGGGAUGCCUAUAUGUCGAUUCAAGAACCCGAUGAUGCACUGGAUGCCUACAAGGAGGCCCUAAAGCGGAAUCCACGUGAUUCAAACUUGGCCAGUAAAUUGGGAAGAGCCUACGUGAAGACUCAUCAAUAUAACAAGGCUAUAAAUUACUACAAAGAAGCUACAAUGUAUCCGGAAAAUUCCCUUCUCAAGCUAGAUCUAGCAGAGUUGUAUUUGAAAUUGAAACAAUUCACAAAUGCUGAACAGACGUUGAUUGAUGAAAUUGAAGGGGCAAAAGACGAAAUGGAGGAUGUCGAUGCAUUGCAGUUACGAACGAAACAACUGCUUUUGUUGGCUCGUGUCCGGGAGAAAGCUGGACAUUUGAAUUCAUCAUUGUCUACCUUGAGGGAGGCACGAGAUAAUCAGUACAAAGUACAGCAACGUUUGAAUAUUGAAUCCUCCCUCAUUCCUGAGCAAAGAAGAAUCCUAUCUAGGAUUUGCGUCCUUAUGGCAGAACAGUCAAUUCAUUUGCGGGAUAACGAUCAAGCUGUUCAUCACUACAAAGAAGCCCUGAAGUUUUCGCCCCAGGAUAUAACGAUUCUUGCUUCAAUAGCCCGUCUUUACAUGCAAGUAAACAACAUGGAUCAAUGUCAACAAACUUGUGGACAAAUCUUGCAAAUAGAUCCUAAUAAUGAAACUGCUUCAGUUAUGAUGGCUGAUCUUUCAUUCAGAAGAAUGGAUUUUGAAAAGGCCGCUUAUCAUUUCUCUCAACUUCUUGUCAAUCAACCAACUUACUGGACAGCUCUAGCUCGCCUUAUUGAAGUGAUGCGCAGAUCUGCACGGUUGUCGGAGGCAACGGAGUUUCUAGUGAGAGCCGAGCAAGCUUGCGUUCAGCCCACCUUUGAUUCUGGCUUGAAUUACUGCAAAGGCCUCUAUGAAUGGUAUAUUGGAAAUCCCAAUUCAGCCCUAAGAUACUUCAACAAUGCCCGAAAGGAUUCCGAAUGGGGUCAGCAGGCAAUCUUCAAUAUGAUCGAAAUAUGCAUCAAUCCCGAUGGCGAAUUGCCGAAUGAGAAUAUGUCUGAGAGUAGUGAGUUUGAUUUUAGAGAUCCUCAGAUCAUGGCAAUUCGUACAGCUGAAAGACUCCUUAAGGAGUUAAAGCCUCGCCCAGGAUGCAUGGACAAUGAAUCUCUUAACUACAAAUUACUGCAGAAUUUUAUCCUCCUUGGUACGAGGCAGAAGGCUAGCAUUGAGUCGGCUCUUCAGGGUUUUCUGAGUAUUGCCGGGCAAGAAGAGUAUAAAGAGCAUGUUGGUCCAAUCUUGGGAAUGUCAUCGGCCUAUGUUAUGCUGAAGCAGUCGCAAAGGGCAAAAAAUCAAUUGAAACGUGUUGCAAAGUCUCCGUGGACUUUUGAGGAUGCUGAACAUCUUGAGAGGUGCUGGCUCCUCUUGGCUGAUCUCUACAUCCAAGCAAAUAAAAUGGAAAUGGCAGCGGAGUUUCUCAAUCGCGUACUGGAACAUAACAAAUCAUGCGCCAAAGCGUAUGAGUUGUGUGGAAUGAUUGCUGAAAAGGAGCAGGUUUAUCGCUCGGCUGCUACGCACUAUGAUGCAGCUUGGCGAUAUGGAGGAAAAUCAAAACCAACAAUUGGCUACAAGCUGGCCUAUCACUACAUGAAGUCUAAACGCUUUGCAGACGCCAUUGAUGUUUGUCAGCAAGUUCUGAAAUUGCAUCCAGAUUUUUCGAUGAUAAAAAAGGAUAUUCUCGACAAAUGUCGCAACAAUCUUCGUAAUUAGUGAACACAACAGGUGAUCAUCUUACACAGAGCACACACGUGAGUGAAGCUUUUACACAGUGAAGUGUUUAAUAACAUAUUCUGUUUGUUUUUACACUUAAAGAGAAAUGUUCUUUUUUUUUCAAUAUACGUACAUCAAUAUUUUAAAA